AUGGCUGCUAGGGCCCGAGACACCAAGGCUAAGCGGGUGGCGGCACAUAGUUCCCCCCCAACCAAUGACGUUGAGAGAACAGACUACGUAAACUUCGGAUAUUACGAAGUGCACUGGCAGGCUGACGAAAAGGUCAGGUAG